CGACGGCAAGAUUAGCUCGCCAACAAGCGCGGCGGUCCAAGAGUAACGGAGCGCGGCCGACGAGGCAGCCUAACGAGCGGGAUCAGGAUGAGACUCGAGGUACGUGCGUCGCGUCUGAUGCACGAGAUGAGCUUACCUGGCUUGCACGGUGUUUCCUUCAUUCCCAGGCCGAGGGUACGUGCAAAAGUACUAUGUUCACUGACUCGAGCUUACAGUGUGUACUAUGAGUACUUACUCGUCCCGAGGGCAUCGAAAACCACUCCGAAGACAUCGAAAAUCGCACCGAAUACUUUGAAAACCUCCCCAAAAGCGUCGAGGACGGCCCCGCAGACCCCGGGUACUGUCCCGCCUCGAAGACGCCACGGACGCGAUCCACCCACGAAGCGCUCGCCACGCGCUCUGACACCGACUUGGGACGACGUACGGGUCGCACAACACCUCGGAUGAGCAAGAUCGAGGCGUGGAUCGCCGGCGAUAGGCUGACCGCGGCGUCGGUGGCGUACCCGGGUAAGUGCAUCCAGUACCAUCCAUCUGCACCCACUCACCUCUCUGCAGCGAGCGGGAGGAGUGCGGAUCGCGUCUCCGUCGACUGUUCCGCCUCCCGCCAGCACGAGGCGACAGUCGGCGUCUCGCAGAUUGUACAAGGCCGCGCGCGAGGACGACGGCAAGGCCCAGCCUCCUGCGACGACGAUGGCGACACCGGGAUCACGCCCGACAAGAUUACCUAGUCAACGUCAUCCGCACCUGCCCGUCCCCUCGCCUGCAAGAUCGGCAAGCUCCCGCGCACCAUCGCCUCGUCCCUGCGCACCAUCGCCUUGUCCCCCGACACCAUCGCCUCGUCCCCGCGCGACAUCAGCAAGUCCCCGUGCUAUCAACAUCCACG